AUGGCGGGAGCUGGCCGGCCAGGUGGACGAGUAGGACUCGCUGAGCAACAGAACGAUGAGGAUCACGUCGACGACGACGUGGAGUCAGCGCAGGCCGAGGAGCCCGCGUUCGGCCGUGGUCGCCAGGGCAUCCCCGGGGACAAUCUGCGCAGCGACCACCUGAUGCUCGACAACGACGGAGAGGGUGCGACCGCGGCCAUCUGGGGGACCGUGCUGGGCAAGAACGCGGCCCACACCCCGCACGAGCAGGACCAGGACAUCAACAACCCGCUGCCUUCCUCAGCCCCGGAGUUGUUUGAGAAGCAGUUCAACAUUGAUGCAUCUCGCGUCGGUCUGAGACGCACGCGAUGUGCACAGUGCGUUGGCUCGUGCUCCACCGAUGCGGCGAUACUGGACGGGGAGAAGAUGAAGAGCUACAUGAUCGAGAACCUGGACUCCGACCACUUCGAGCGCAUGAUGAAGGGCGUGCGCACGGACAAGAACGUCCUGAGCGUCGCGGUCGUCAGCACGGACACGUACGCCAACUACGGCGACCGGCUGCCGUACAUCCUGAUCGGCGACGGCGAAGGGCACGACAGCGCAGUGAGAAGAAUGCGUGCUGGUGAACGCGAGUCUCCCUGA